ACAGAGAAGCGCACACCAAGCAUACCCACCACCUGAAUCGAUCAUGGCGACCAAGAACAGCAGCAGCAGCACCAACGGCACAGCAGGCUCAUCGCACGACGCGCUUCCGUCCCUCCUCGCCGCCGCGCGGCCGUUUCUCCGCGGCGACCUCGCCGCCGUCGACCCGGAGCUCCCCUCGCUGGUGUCCGUCCUCGUCUCUGCUGGUGCCGGCGAGUGCUACCACAAGCACGGCACCUUCCUGGACCACCUCGUGGACGUCUACCGCAUCCUCCACCUGUGGGGCGCGCCGGACUCCGUGUCACGCUGCGGCCUCUACCACUCUUCCUACUCCAACUCUUACGUCAACCUCGCCAUCUUCGAGCCCGACGUGAGCCGCGCACGCGUCCGCGCCAUCAUCGGCGACGCCGCCGAGCGCCUCGUGCACCUCUUCUGCGUCGUCCCGCGCCACGCUCUCAUGCACGAUGACCUACACCUCCGUUACACCGACGCAGAGCUCAGGGACCACCUCGCCAAAGCCGAGGCCUCCCUCGUCAAGGCUGCCAACGGCGAGUACGCGAGGUCGGAGGCGUGGCGGGUGAAGCUGCGGUCGGUGGUGCCGGAGGAGGGCGUGGUCGCGCCGCACAUCCGGACGGGGGAGCCAGUGGCGCUGUCUCGGAGGGUACUGGCGGUGUUCGUGCUGAUGACAGUCGCCGACUUCAGCGACCAGUACACAGAUUACCAGGACAAGCUGUUCGGCAACGAGGACGGACGCCUGGAGUUCACCGGCGACAACUGGGCCGCACUCUGGCCAGGCACCGGCAAGCCGGGGCUGUGGAUGUGCGUCAUGUCCAGGCUGGCCGCCAUCUACCGCCUCAUCGCCACCGACGAGCGCAUCCGCCGCAUGGAAAAUGACGCCAUCGACCACAACGUGGAUGAGGACGCGGGGCUGGAGCUCUCCAUUCCGCCGGUGUUCGACCGGUGCAGGAAGGUGCUGGACCCCGACGAGCAGAUCGCGGCAAGGGACCUGUACUGGGAGGCGAUAUGCAGCGACGUGAAAGGCGUCGACGGUGACUGGACGAAAAUAGAGUCGCUGCUGCGGCAGAGCAUCGAGAAGAAUCCGUUCGUGGGGGAGCCGUGGCUGGUGCUGGCACAGGUGCUGCUGAACGGUGGCGGGAGGUGGGAAGAGGCGGUCGCAGCGGCGGAGGAGGGGCUGAGGCUGGUGCUGGAGUGGGGAAGCAGCUGGGACAAGAGGAUGUCGUGGGAAGGGUGGGUGUCGUGGGGGAGGGUGAUGAGGGACAAGGCCAUGGACAAGGAGUGGCCGCGCUCCGCGUGGGGCAUCAUCAACCUCGGACUCGUCAAGCAGCUCCAACAGAAGUGAUUGACAUGUAGCUGGCAUCCACUGCUACUCGCCCAUGGCUCCAUGCAAUGCAUGCAUCGUAUACGGCCGAGCAUCCAUCGGCAGCGUACGUCGGCAAGGAACGAAAGGGAGAGUGCAGAGGUGUCCAGUUGCAGUCUGUGUGUGUAACCUGCUAGAACUUAAUAAUUUUAGUGCUGAGUGCCUUGAGUGUGUGUUAAGUUGUACUACAGUCUACAGUGUUAUGCUUGGUGUGUUAUCGAAUAAAUUUGAAAAUCCCGCAAACAAA